AUGCGAGGCUGUGGCCGUGAGGACUCGGCCCCUCGGUGCCCCUUGAUCGCCGGCUGCGUCCCCUUCUUAAGAGCCUUCUAUGUGCCGGGUGCUGGGCUGGGCUGCUGGGUGCAGAGUGACCAGGACACGUGUGCCCACCCCCUGUGCUCAGCCUGCACCGUGCUCUCCAGCCGCCUACGCAUGGUGUUUCUGGUAUGGCAGCAGCAGGACCCGGCCGACAGCCCGCGGGCCCAGCGUGGUGCGGUGGUGGCAGACAGGCUCCUGGAGCAUCUCCCCGCCUCCUUCCUGCCCUCCACCAGCCCCCUGCGUCUGUCUGACAUCCAGGGAAGCACUCUGGGCCGCCUCUGGCCCUUUUGGGAUGUCAGCCAGGCAGAUGGGACUUGGGAGUCCACCGCCUCCCUCAGACACCCGUUCACUGAGGCCGUUGUGUACACGGAGCCCCUGGGUGGCCCAGACGUGAACGACCUUCAGGAAGAAGGCAAAAACGCCAUCGACUCGCCACUGUCCCCUGCCUCAGUGGGCGUUCAUCCUGAGGACACUCUUCUAGAGGAGAAUGAGGAACGCACCAUUAUCAACCCCACCUCCAAGGAAGACCCCAAGUUCAAGGAGCUGGUCAAGGUCCUACUGGAGUGGGGGGAGUGGGUGCUGUGGGAAGAACGGUUGGUGAAAGGCAGAGAGGAGGAAGAUGUGCUUGAUAAGGCAGUUCUGAAAUCUCUUGUGUAGAAACUGGCGGACUGUAGGCUGAACGUGGCUGAGGUGACUCAGUCCGAAAUCGGGCAGAAGCAGAAGCUGCGGACGGUUCUCGAGGCCGUGGGCGACCUGCUGCGGCCCCAUGGCUGGGCCCUCCAGUGGAACGUCGACUCGAUUCAUGGGAAGAACCUGGUGGCCAUCCUCCACCUCCUCGUCUCUCUGGCCAUGCACUUCCGGGCCCCGAUCCGCCUUCCGGAACACGUCUCCGUGCAGGUGGUGGUCUUGAGGAAACGGGAAGGCCUCCUGCAUUCCAGCCUCAUCACGGAGGAGCUGACCACGACCUCAGAGAUGAUGAUGGGCCGGUUUGAGCGGGAUGCCUUCGACACCCUCUUUGACCACGCUCCAGACAAGCUCAACGUGGUGAAGAAGUCUCUCAUCACGUUUGUGAACAAACACCUCAACAAGCUGAAUUUGGAAGUGACGGAGCUAGAAAGCCAGUUUGCAGACGGCGUGUACCUGGUUCUACUCAUGGGCCUUCUGGAAGACUACUUUGUUCCUCUCCACAACUUCCACCUGACACCGGACAGCUUCGAUCAGAAGGUCCACAACGUGGCGUUCGCCUUUGAACUGAUGCUGGAGGGAGGUCUCAAGAGGCCGAAGGCCCGCCCUGAAGAUGUGGUGGACCGGGACCUCAAGUCCACCCUGAGGGUCCUGUACAACCUGUUCACCAAGUACAAGAAUGUCGAGUGA